GUGGGUUUGUCCUGUUAGUAACCCCCCUUUCUCUCGUGUCUUAAAAAAGGACCUCCCCUCUCCCAAUCAGAGUAAAUCGCUACCUUUUUUCCUUUUUCUCACACAGGGACAGUUCAAUUCCCCACUCUGAAGAAUAUACUCCAUUACCAAUAGCGUCUCUGGACUCAUCAACUUCAAGGCACUCCAACAAUUGCAAGCCCCCAAACUGGAGUGUUCUGUGACGGAACCAUUCUGCACAGCGACAGUGGGAACCAGCGAGAGAGGGAGAAGACCGGAGCACCGCGUGAGGACAGUGACGCUGGGACAGGGAACGUCUGCGUUGGGCAUCGCAAGCAUCCCAGUGUAGGCUAAUGGGGACCCGGAGGCUGAGCAAGCUGGUGCUGGGCUGGGUGGCCGUGUGCUGGGCCGCCCUCCACACAGCACAGGGCCAGGGAGACGGAAACAUCCAGGCCAGUCGAUUCACCGGCCGCUUCGAGGAGAGGGAGGGGCAGAGGGUCAGGAGGAGGGGCCAGGAGUCACUCCGGGGGCCCAAUGUCUGCGGAUCCCGUUUCCACUCCUACUGCUGCCCCGGGUGGAAGACCCUUCCAGGGGGAAACCAGUGCAUUGUCCCGAUCUGCAGGAACUCCUGCGGGGAGGGUUUCUGCUCCAGGCCCAACAUGUGCACCUGCUCCAACGGGCAGCUCUCCCCCAGCUGCGGGGCCAGCUCAGGAGUGCAGUCCUGUAACGUCCGGUGUAUGAACGGCGGAAGCUGCAACGAGGACUCCUGCGUCUGUCAGAAGGGGUACACGGGCAACCACUGCGGCCAGCCCGUGUGCGAGAGCGGGUGUCAGAAUGGAGGCCGCUGCAUCGGGCCCAACAGAUGCGCCUGCGUCUACGGCUUCACCGGGCCGCAGUGCGAGAGAGACUACCGGACCGGGCCCUGCUUCACUCAGGUCAACAACCAGAUGUGCCAGGGUCAGCUGAGCGGCAUCGUGUGCACCAAGACCCUGUGCUGCGCCACCAUUGGCCGGGCUUGGGGCCACCCCUGCGAAAUGUGCCCCGCCCAGCCGCACCCCUGUCGCCGCGGCUUCAUCCCCAACAUCCGCAGCGGAGCCUGUCAGGAUGUGGACGAGUGCCAGGCCAUCCCGGGACUCUGUUCGGGGGGGAACUGCAUCAACACGGUGGGCUCCUACGAGUGCAAGUGUCCCGCCGGCCACCGGCAGAGCGACGUCAACCAGAAGUGCGAGGAUAUCGACGAGUGCAGCACCAUCUCCGGUGUGUGUGACGGUGGCGAAUGCACCAACACGGCGGGGAGCUACGUCUGCACCUGCCCGCGUGGUUACAUCACCAGUGCGGAUGGCUCCAGAUGCGUAGAUCAGCGAGUGGGGACCUGUUUCUCGGCCCUGGCGAAUGGGCGGUGUGCGGGCGAGCUGACGGGACAGUACACCAAAAUGCAGUGCUGCUGCGAUACGGGGCGCUGCUGGGCCUCCGGACAGAUCCCCGAAAUGUGUCCCGUCAGAGGAUCCGACGAGUACCGGCGCCUGUGCAUCGAGGGGCUGCCCUACGGGACCGGCGGUAACGGGGGCUUCCCUGGCGGCGGCGGCGGCGGCGGCGGCGGCCACUACGGCUACCACUUCAAACUCCCCCCAAACGGAAACGGCGGUCACGGCAACGGAGGGGGACACGUCGGAAUCGGGGGUAACGGCCCUCUCCCCAUCCCCAACAUCGGCACGGUGACGCUGAACCAGACCAUCGACGUCUGCAAGCACUUCACCAACUUGUGUCUGAAUGGCCGCUGCAUCCCCACGGCGCCCAGCUACCGCUGCGAGUGCAACAUGGGCUUCCGCCAGGACGUGCGCGGCGAGUGUAUCGAUGUGGACGAGUGCGUAAGCAACCCCUGCAUGAACGCGGACUGUGUGAACACGCCGGGAUCGUACCACUGCAAAUGCCACGAGGGCUACCAGGGCAUCCCCUCCAAGCAGACCUGCAUUGACAUCGACGAGUGCAUCGUCAACGGGGUGAUGUGUCGCAACGGCCGCUGUGUCAACACCGACGGAAGCUUCCAGUGCAUCUGCAACGCUGGCUUUGAGCUCACCCCCGACGGCAAGAACUGCAUAGACCACGAUGAGUGCGCCACCACCAACAUGUGCCUGAACGGCAUGUGCAUCAACGAGGACGGCAGCUUCAAGUGCAUCUGCAAGCCCGGCUUCGCCCUGGCGCCGAACGGGCGCUACUGCACAGACAUCGAUGAGUGCCAGACGCCAGGCAUCUGCAUGAACGGCCGCUGCAUCAACUCGGAGGGGUCCUUCCGCUGCGAGUGCCCGCCGGGCCUGGCCAUCGACGUGGACGGGCGCGUCUGCGUCGACACCCACAUGCGCACCACCUGCUACGGGGCCAUCAAGAUGGGCACCUGCUCGCGCCCCUUCCCUGGGGCCGUCACCAAGUCCGAGUGCUGCUGCGCCAACCCCGAGCACGGGUUCGGAGAGCCCUGCCAGCCCUGUCCCGCUCGCAACUCAGCCGAGUUCCAGGCCGUGUGUAGCAGUGGUAUUGGGAUCACAGCCGACGGGAGAGACAUUAACGAGUGCGCUCUGGACCCGGAGAUCUGCCCGAACGGGAUGUGUGAGAACCUGCGCGGAAGCUACCGCUGCAUCUGCAACAUCGGCUACGAGUCUGACACCAGCGGCAAAAACUGCCUGGAUAUUAACGAGUGCCUGGUGAAUCGGCUGCUUUGUGACAAUGGGUUCUGCAGGAACACCCCGGGGAGCUACACUUGUUCCUGUCCCAAGGGCUUUGUCUUCAAAGCCGAUUCUGAAACCUGCGAAGACAUCGACGAAUGCGAGUCCAGCCCCUGCGUUAAUGGCGUGUGCCGGAACAUUGCCGGGUCCUUCAACUGCGAGUGUUCCCACGGCAGCAAGCUGGAUUCUACCAACACCAUCUGCGUGGACAGCAUGAAGGGCACCUGCUGGCUCAACAUCCAGGACGGCCGCUGCGAGGUCAACAUCAACGGCGCCACGCUCAAGUCGGAGUGCUGCUCCACGCUGGGCGCGGCCUGGGGAAGCCCCUGCGAGCGCUGCGAGAUCGAUACCGCCUGCUCCAGAGGGUUCGCCCGCAUGAAGGGAGUCAACUGUGAAGAUAUUAACGAGUGCGAGGUGUUCCCGGGCGUCUGCUCCAACGGGCGCUGUGUGAACACCCAGGGGUCCUUCCGCUGCGAGUGUGCCGAGGGGCUCACUCUGGACGGGAGCGGACGCACCUGCGUGGACGUACGCAGCGAGCAGUGCUACAUGAAGUGGCACGAGGACGACUGCGGCGAGCCGUUGCCAGGGCGAUACCGCGUGGACAUGUGCUGCUGCACUGUGGGCGCCGCCUGGGGCAUCGACUGCGAGGAGUGCCCCAAGCCGGGCUCCGCCGAGUACAAGGCCAUCUGCCCGCGGGGCACCGGGUUCGCCAACCGCGGCGACAUCCUAACGGGCAGGCCCUUCUACAAAGACGUGAACGAGUGCAAGGUGUUCCAGGGCCUGUGCUCCCACGGAACGUGCCGGAACACCAUCGGCAGCUUCAGGUGCCGCUGCAGCAGCGGCUUCGCCCUCACCAUGGAGGAGAGGAACUGCACAGACAUCGACGAGUGCCGGAUCUCCCCGGACCUGUGUGGCCACGGCGCCUGUGUGAACACGCCUGGCAGCUUCGAGUGCGAGUGCUUCGAGGGCUACGAGAGCGGCUUCAUGAUGAUGAAGAACUGCAUGGAUAUCGAUGAGUGUGAACGGGACCCCCUGCUGUGCCGCGGUGGGACCUGCCUGAACACGGAGGGCAGCUACGAGUGCGACUGUCCUUCCGGACACCAGCUCAGCCCGGAGGGGUCCUCCUGUGAGGACGUGAACGAGUGCCAGCUGAGCGAUAGCCUGUGCAGGAACGGCCAGUGCGUCAACAUGGUGGGCACGUACCAGUGCACCUGCGACACGGGCUACCAGGUGACCCCGGACCGGCAGGGCUGCGUGGACAUCGACGAGUGCACCAUCAUGAACGGCGGCUGCGACACACACUGCACAAACUCGGAGGGCAGCUAUGAGUGCAGCUGCAGCGAGGGCUACGCCCUGAUGCCCGACCUGAGGACCUGCGCAGACAUCGACGAGUGCGAGGACACGCCGGACAUCUGCGACGGCGGCCAGUGCACCAACAUCCCCGGGGAGUACCGCUGCCUGUGCUUCGACGGCUUCAUGGCCUCCAUGGACAUGAGGACCUGCAUCGAUGUGAACGAGUGCGACCUGAACCCCAACAUCUGCCUGCACGGGGACUGCGAGAACACCAAGGGCUCCUUCAUCUGCCACUGCCAGCUGGGCUACUUCGUGAAGAAGGGCUCCACCGGCUGCACAGACGUGGACGAGUGUGAGAUCGGCGCGCACAACUGCGACUUGCACGCGGCCUGCAUCAACGUGCCCGGGAGCUUCAAGUGCAGCUGCCGAGAGGGCUGGGUGGGCGAUGGCAUCAAGUGUGUGGACCUGGAUGAGUGCUCCGCAGAGGAGCACAACUGCCACUCCAACGCCAACUGCGUCAACACCCCCGGCUCCUACCGCUGCACCUGCAAGGAGGGCUUCAAUGGGGAUGGCUUCUCCUGCUCAGACAUGGACGAGUGCGCGGACAACGUGAACCUGUGUGAGAACGGCCAGUGCCUCAACGCGCCGGGCGGAUACCGCUGCGAGUGUGAGAUGGGCUUCACCCCCACUGAGGACAGCAAGGCCUGCCAGGACAUUGACGAGUGUAACUUCCAGAACAUCUGUGUGUUCGGAACCUGUCAGAACCUGCCGGGGAUGUUCCGCUGCCUGUGCGACGACGGCUAUGAGCUGGACCGCAGCGGCGGCAACUGCACAGAUGUGAACGAGUGUGCUGACCCGGUGAACUGCAUCAACGGACUCUGUGUGAACAUGCCGGGUGGCUACCUCUGCAACUGCCCCCCAGACUUUGAGCUCAACCCCACUGGUGUGGGCUGUGUGGCUGAGUACAAGACCCUGUGUCCUGGAGGAGAGGGGUUCAGGCCCAACCCAAUCACCGUCAUCCUGGAGGAUAUUGACGAGUGCCAGGAGCUGCCAGGCCUGUGCCAGGGGGGCAACUGCAUCAACACUUUUGGCAGCUUCCAGUGCGAGUGCCCGGCAGGGUACUACCUCAACGAGGAGACCCGCAUCUGCGAGGAUAUUGAUGAGUGCACAGCCCACAUUGGAAUCUGUGGGCCAGGCACCUGUUACAACACGCUGGGCAACUACACCUGUGUGUGCCCACCUGAGUACAUGCAGGUGAAUGGAGGGAACAACUGCAUGGACAUGAGGAAGAGCGUGUGCUACCGCAACUUCAACGACACCUGCGAGAACGAGCUGUCCUUCAACAUGACCAAGAAGAUGUGCUGCUGCGCCUACAACGUGGGCAAGGCCUGGAACAAGCCCUGCGAGGCCUGCCCCACCCCCGCCACCUCGGAGUACCAGCUUCUGUGUGGCAACCAGGCCCCUGGGUUCAUCAUCGACAUCCACACGGGAAAGCCUAUUGACAUCGACGAGUGCCGCGAGAUCCCGGGCAUCUGUGCCAACGGCGUGUGCAUCAACCAGAUCGGCAGCUUCCGCUGCGAGUGCCCCAUGGGCUUCAGCUACAACAACAUCCUGCUGAUCUGCGAGGAUAUCGAUGAGUGCAACAGCGGAGACAACCUGUGCCAACGCAACGCCAACUGCAUAAACAUCCCGGGUAGCUACCGCUGCGAAUGCUCGCCCGGGUUCAAGCUCUCCCCUAGCGGAGCCUGCGUAGACCGAAACGAGUGCCAGGAGAUCCCCAACGUGUGCAGUCAUGGGGAGUGCAUCGACACGCAGGGCAGUUACCGCUGCCUCUGUCACAACGGCUUCAAGGCCACGGCAAGCCAGACCAUGUGCAUGGACAUUGACGAGUGCGAUCGGCAGCCGUGCGGAAACGGCACCUGCAAGAACACCGUGGGCUCCUACAACUGCCUGUGCUUCCCCGGCUUCCAGCUCACGCACAACAACGACUGCAUGGAUGUGGAUGAGUGCUCAGCGCUGGUUGGCCAGGUGUGCAGGCAGGGCCAGUGCAUCAACAGCCUGGGCUCCUUCCAGUGCCUGUGCAACGAGGGCUACGAGCACACCCCCGACAAAAAGAACUGCGCAGAUAUUAACGAGUGUAUCAGCCUGCCGGGGACCUGUUCUCCGGGGACCUGUCAGAACCUGGACGGGUCCUUCCGCUGCAUCUGCCCCCCUGGGUUCGCCGUGCACAACGACCAGUGCAUCGACAUCGACGAGUGCGACGUGGAGCCCAACCUCUGCCAGUUUGGCACCUGCACCAACACGGCGGGCAGCUUCCAGUGCAUCUGCCAGCCGGGCUUCGUCCUGUCCGACAACGGCCGCCGCUGCUUCGAUACCCGCAAAAGCUUCUGCUUCACCCGAUUCGAGGCGGGAAAGUGCUCCGUUCCCAAAGCCUCCAACACCACCAAGGCCAAGUGCUGCUGCAGCAAGAUGCCCGGAGAGGGCUGGGGGGACCCCUGCGAGCUGUGCCCGCGGGAGGGGGAGACUGCCUUCGAAAGCCUCUGUCCGUAUGGCCAUGGGGCUCUGCCAGGACCUGGGGAAGGCCGCGAAGACAUGAACGAGUGCCUGGACAACCCGGGAAUCUGCGUGAACGGCAUGUGCAUCAACACGGACGGCUCCUUCCGCUGCGAGUGUCCGUUCGGCUACAACCUGGAUUACACUGGAGUCCACUGCGUUGACACGGACGAGUGCUCCAUUGGGAACCCCUGCGGAAACGGGACCUGCACCAACGUGGUGGGAGGCUUCGAGUGCGCCUGUCAGGAGGGCUUCGAACCCGGGUCCAUGAUGACCUGCGAAGACGUGAACGAAUGUGCCCAGAACCCCCUGCUCUGCGCGUUCCGCUGUGUCAACACCUUCGGCUCGUACGAGUGCACCUGUCCGUCGGGAUACGUGCUGCGCGACGACCACAGGAUGUGCAGAGACCAGGACGAGUGUUCCGAGGGGCUGCACGACUGUGAUUCCAAGGGCAUGAGCUGCAAGAACCUGAUCGGCACCUUCAUGUGCAUCUGCCCCCUGGGCAUGCAGAGGCGGCCCGACGGAGAGGGCUGCAUGGACCUCAACGAGUGUCGCACCAAGCCUGGCAUCUGCAAGAACGGGCGCUGCGUCAACACGGUGGGCAGCUACCGCUGCGAGUGCAACGAGGGCUUCCAGCCCAGCUCCACGGGCACAGAGUGCAUCGAUAACAGACAGGGCUUCUGCUUCACGGACGUGCUGCAGACCAUGUGCCAGCAGUCUUCCACCAACCGCAACAGCGUCACCAAGUCUGAGUGCUGCUGCAACGGCGGGCGUGGCUGGGGCCCCCACUGCGAGCUCUGCCCGCUGCCCGGCACCGUGCAGUACAAGAGGAUGUGCCCGCAGGGGCCCGGGUACACCACCGACGGCAGAGAUAUCAACGAGUGCCAGGUGAUGCCCAACCUCUGUAAGAAUGGCCAGUGUAUCAACAACAUUGGGUCGUUCCGUUGCCACUGCAACACUGGCUACACCACUGACUUCACUGGAACAUCCUGCGUUGACAUGGAUGAGUGUGCCCAGUCUCCCAAGCCCUGCAACUUCCUGUGCAAGAACACAGAGGGCAGCUACCUGUGCUCCUGUCCCAGAGGAUACAUCCUGCAGCCAGACGGCAAGACCUGCAAAGACCUGGACGAGUGCUCCACCAAGCAGCACAACUGCCAGUUCCUGUGUGUCAACACCAUCGGCGGCUUCACCUGCAAGUGCCCGGUGGGCUUCACCCAGCACCAGACCACCUGCAUCGACAACAACGAGUGCCACAGCCAGCCCACCCUGUGUGGCUCCCGGGCCUCCUGCCUCAACACCCCCGGCAGCUUCAACUGCGAGUGCGAGAAGGGCUUCUCCCUGGACACCACCGGGGUGGAGUGCGAGGUGGAACCAGUGCGUAGAUGGAACCAGUGCGCAGAUCAGGUGAGUGGCCCUGUCCAACACUACCAGUGGAACCAGUGCGUAGAUGAGAACGAGUGCAGCAGCAAUCAGGUGUGCGGCUCGGCCUCCUGCUACAACACGCUGGGCAGCUACAAGUGCGUGUGCCCGUCCGGCUUCGAUUUCGAGCAGGGCGCCGGCUCCUGCCAGGACAUCAACGAGUGCUCGAUGAACAGCAACCCCUGCAGCUUCGGCUGCUCCAACACGGACGGGGGCUACCUCUGUGGCUGCCCCGGCGGGUACUACAGAGCGGGACAGGGUCACUGCAUCACAGGCCUGGGCUUCCAGGGUCAGUACCCGCCCGGCGCUGAGGGCGAGGAGGACGACAGCGCCCUGUCGCCCGAGGCCUGCUACGAGUGCAAGAUCAACGGCAACGGCGCCGGCGCCAAGGGUGCCCGCCACAGACGCAACAGCGAGGACAACGAGCUGAAGCAGCCGUCGGUCAGCAUGGCCAGCGUGGACACGCAGUCCUCCAUCCCCAUGAACCUGAGCCUGGCCGCGCUGCAGAACAAGGAGCCCCUGCUGGAGCUGCUGCCGGCCCUGGAGCCCCUGGAGCACCACGUGCGCUACGUCAUCACCCACGGCAACCAGGGCGAGCACUUCCGCCUGCUGGAGCGCCGCGACGGGAAGAGCGUCCUGCGGCUGGGGCGCAAGCCGCCGGCCGCCGGCUCGUACCGCCUGGAGAUCGCCAGCCUGCCGCUGUUCGGCCCGCGCAGGCUCCGGCAGCUGGAGGACCAGCACGACAGCGACUACCUGCUGGGGGAGAUCGGCGACGCCCUGCGCAUCAAGCUGCACAUCCACCUGCACUGAGCGCCGGGCCCCGCCCAGAACUGCCUCCGCCCACCCAGCCCCGCCCCGCCCCGCCCCACCACCACCACCGCCUGAAGGGCGGGGUCUUUAUUAAUUAAAAAAAAAAAACAAAGAGAGAGGAAAAAAACUGAAACAAUCAACCACCACUUUUAUUUGAGUUUCUGUUUGUUGUUCUUGCUCACAUUCCCUCCCCCCUUUUUCCCCAGCCCCGCCCCACCUCAGCCCCGCCCCGCCCCGCCCCCUUGAGCAGAUUGCCGGAUUGCAGGAAGGUGCCGAGAGUUUGGGUCACGCCUCCUCUCUGUCGCCUCUGCGUGGGCACAGUGGGCAUCGCUGGCACCUGGCAGGGGUGCAGCUCCCCGCCCACUUCCUGUGUCCUGCAUGCGGCAACAAUAGAUGGGGAGGGAGAAAAAAGAUGCCACAAGAGCCAGAAGCAUUGGAUGUGCUUGAUGCCUUUUUUGAGCCUUUUAAGUUAAAAGAUGGGGGAAAACGUGGGUGUUUGCAAAGCUAAACAGAAGUAUCAGCUACUUGUUUUAACCAAUCAAAAGGAAGCUUCAUGUUUACAACAUCCUCUCGAAUUCCAAGCGGUCGUCUCUGGAAUGGCAUCUCGCAUCAUUUCUGAAGUGUUGUCUGACCAGAAUACGACUGAUGACCAGCUUCUCUACACCAAAGGUUUUAAUGAUUGUGUUCUUCUGGUGAAGAAGAGCACAAUGUGGGAGGAGAAAAGAGAAGAACUAAACGUGUGCCGUGUCAGCUGUGAUCCAAACAGUCUCUCACCUUUCUGUAAUCUCCAUGAUCUGGCAAUGCCGGGGUCAAAGGUUAUCCUCUGCUCCGUUCAGUAUUCUGUGUAAUCUCUAAUGUAUUAUACUGUUUAAAAGUUAAGAGAAAAUGUUCACACGAAGGACUGCAACUUUAAAAGCAACAUUUCAGGUCUAAAGAAAAAAAGAACAUAGAUAUUAGUACAAACUUCAGAAAAGUAAAAUGGACGGUUAGUACUGUUAUCGUCAGCUCUCCCCUGUAGGUGGAGAGCAGGUGCCUUCAAUGUGUUUGCAUGUGCUGUCACGUUCUGUUACCUCAGUCCCUUGAAAAUCAGUUCAACCACAACGUAGCUCAGUGUCAUUGCUGCCGCUGGGCAGCAGGGGGCGACACAUUAACGGGAACUAGAGAGAAUUUACGGGAAUGAUUGAAACCCCUUAGGUACAACGCUGAACUGGAGAUCAUUCCCAUGGUGCUACUGUGUCAUCACGCACUGAAACCUUUCUGCGAAUCAGGGAGAUCUGUCUCAGAAUGGCAGCAAACUGAGAAUUUGACCACCAGUAUGAUGGUACAAUUAGGACUUCUAAUGCGUUAAUAGAGCACAAACUAUCAGUCUGAGACAUUUCAUUCGAUCGUGUACUCAGUUUCACAGUUACUGUAGCUUAUCGUUUCAAUCAAGCGGAAAUGUAGUAAGACAAAUUCAUCAAACUGUCCAGUGGCUAAUGCACAUCUUUGUUUCGAGAGGCGGGCUAGCGCAAGCAAACACUGAACCUCAUGUAAAACGAGCCCUCAUCAGGUCCGCACAUACGUCAUGUCUUUUUUCUUUAAGAGAGAAUGGUGCUAAACAAUUCCAACUUUCACUCUGUACAAAAAGUGAAAAACCGCAGUCUUGAAUCUUGAUUGCAAAAAAGUGACAUUUUAUUAGUUUUUUUUGUUUUGUUGUUGCGUGUUUUGUCUGUCCGUUCUGUCUCAAUGCUGAAAACCAAUAUUAUUAAACUUGCUUCUUGAAAAUUAAAUUGUAUAUUUUUAAGUGAAAUGUAGAUUGUUUUUGUUUUUUUGUUUUUUUUUUGUUAUUUUAAAAAGCUUCAAGGCUGCCAAAAGCAAAAAAAGAAACAUCAUUCUGAACACAUGAUUGAAGGCCUUAAAGUGCUGAUUAAGCUUGUCCUGCUCAAAAAACUGUAUGACAGUCGGCACCCUGCACCGAUUUUUAGAACAUCGCCAUAGAGACCACUGUUUACAUAUUGUCCAACUCAAAGUCUCUGAGCUCAUAGCAGCAAUAAUGUUUUUGUAGAAAAACCAGAAAAGAAUGUGGAGCUCAAGCGACUACACGUAGGUACAGCGCUUUCCACGGAGUUACAACAAAAUAAGCUGAAUUAAGCCUGGAGGAACCAUGCAAACUCAGCACUCAGGCACUUCACCAUUUGAGAGUGUCUAGUUUUAUAUAUCUGGUGCUAAACAGUGAUUUUUUAUUUUUUUAUUUUUUGCUCUCUGAACAUCGUUACUGCACUGUACAACGGCCUGAACUAUAUUUAUGCAUAACCGUUUAACAUGGGACCUUGUAUACUUUGUAUCUCUUUCUGUUCGUUUUAUUUGCCACUACAUGCCAAAAUCGGAAUGUGUGUGUGUGUGUACUGUAUCUCAGCUUCAGUGUCAAACUUGAAACACACUGCUACCAUAGAAACCAAAUAGCUUGCAAUUUUUUUAGGAAAAAAACUUACAUAUUUCCUUUUCAAAAAGAGCUCAGGAAGGAGUAGCAUUCGGGCCCAAGAGCUGUAUAUCUGCCUGAAACUGUACCUGGGUUUCCAUAACCACGAAUUGAGCCAUAGCAUUCCCAAGGCCUGGCUGAACUUCUUUCUAGUCCAAUAAUGUCUCAUUUUGCAAACAUUUCUUUCAUACUGCUGGGAAGAUUCAAAAAAAAAAUUUUUUUUGAGUCUGGGCACAUACAUCUGAAAUCUGUACUGCCGGUUAUCGACGAUUCUUAUUUGGUUUUUUGUUUUGUUCUGUUUUUUACCUUUUACCAGAAACAUGAAUGGCAAUAAAAAUUGUGGGUUAUAUUUUUAAA